AUGUCGUCGUCCAUCCAGCUUUUGAACCCCAAGGCCGAGUCCUUGAGACGCGCGCAGGCGCUCCAGGUCAACAUUGCCGCGGCGCAGGGCUUGCAGCAAGUUUUGGCGUCCAACUUGGGCCCCAAAGGCACAUUGAAGCUUCUAGUGGACGGAUCCGGCAACUUGAAACUCACCAAGGACGGCAAGGUGUUGCUCACGGAGAUGCAGAUCCAGCACCCCACGGCGGUGAUGAUUGCCCGUGCGGCCACUGCGCAGGACGAGAUCACCGGCGACGGCACCACCACCGUGGUGUUAUUGGUGGGCGAGUUGUUGAAGCAGGCCGAAAGAUUCAUCAGCGAGGGCGUGCACCCGCGUGUGUUGGUGGACGGCUUCGAGCUUGCGCGCGAGGCGGCGUUGCGGCAUUUGGACGAGUUCAAGACGCGGCCGCUCAGCUACGACCGCGAGUUUUUGCUCCAGGUGGCGCGUACUUCCGUGGCCACCAAGGUCACGGCGGAGUUGACGGACGUGUUGGCGCCCAUCGUCACGGACGGCGUGUUGUCUGUGCAGGGCGAGGACAGCAAGAGCUUGGACUUGCACAUGGUGGAGAUCAUGACCAUGCAGCACGGCAAGGCGCAGGACACCAGCUUGAUCAAGGGCUUGGUUUUGGACCACGGCGCACGGCACCCGGACAUGCCGCGCCGCGUUCACAACGCGUUUGUGUUGACGUUGAACGUGUCGCUCGAGUACGAGAAGACCGAGGUCAACUCCGGGUUCUUCUACUCGUCCGCGGACCAGCGCGAGAAGUUGGUGGCCUCGGAGAGGAGGUUUGUGGACGAGAAGUUGCGCAAGAUCGUGGACUUGAAGAACGAGGUGUGCGGCUUGAACGGCGACGCCGGUUUUGUCAUCAUCAACCAGAAGGGCAUCGACCCCAUGUCCUUGGACGUGUUGGCCAAGCACAACAUCUUGGCGUUGCGCAGGGCCAAGAGACGGAACUUGGAGAGGUUGCAGUUGAUUGUUGGCGGCGAGGCCCAGAACUCCGUGGACGACUUGUCCCCCGCGAUCUUGGGCCGUGCUGGCUACGUCUACGAGGAGAGUAUCGGGGAGGACAAGUUCACGUACGUCACGGAGUGUGCGGAGGCGAAGGCCUCCACCAUCCUCAUCAAGGGCCUGACCAACCACGUAUUGCAGCAGACCAAGGACGCCGUGAGAGACGGCUUGCGCGCGGUGGCCAACGUGAUCAAGGACGAGUCCAUCGUGCCUGGCGCGGGCGCUUUCUACAUGAGCUGCAACAACCACCUAUUAUCCUCCAAGAGCCUCAAGGGCCGCAGCAAGCCGGGCGUCAAGGCGUUUGCCGAGGCGCUCCUCGUGGUGCCCAAGACGUUGAGCACGAACGCGGGCCUCGACUCCUUGGAGACGCUCUCUGCGUGCCAGGACGAGAUCAUCGACGACCACGUGGUGGGCAUCGACCUUGCUUCAGGCGAGCCCAUGGAUCCUGCCCUCGAGGGCGUGUGGGACUCCUACAGGGUCGUGAGAAAUGCCAUCCUGGCCGCCACGGGCAUCGCUUCCAACUUGUUGCUUUGCGACGAGCUUUUGAAGGCCGGCAAAUCGUCUUUGAAGGGCCAGGGCCAAGGCGCGCCGCAGGGCGCGCCGCAGGGCAUGCCGCAGGGCAUGCCGGGCAUGAUGUAA